AUGAGUCGUGCUGAAGUGGAUUUGCAAAUCAGUGUGAAAAAAGCAUGCAAUACGGACGAAGUACCACCAAAGAGAAAACAUGUUAGGGCCUGUAUUGUCUAUACUUGGGACCAUAAGAACUCUAGAGCAUUCUGGAAUGCCGUGAAGAUCCAACCAUUGCAGAGCGACCAAGUUCAAUCGUUCAAGGCUUUGAUAAUGAUCCAUAAGGUCUUGCAAGAAGGACAUCCGAACACUCUUAAGGAUGGGUACCGCAACAGAGACUUCAUAUCUUCGUUGGCCACCAUCUUCCCAUCCCAAGGUACCGCUUACGGAAGACUUAUCAACCAGUACGACAAGUUUAUUCUCAAGAAAUUGGACUUUCACCGUAACAACCCUGGUUUCAACGGUACCUUUGAGUACGAGGAAUACAUUUCGUUAAGAGCAGUUCAUGAUCCUAACGAAGGUUAUGAUUCUAUUUUGCAAUUGAUGGAUUUGCAAGACCUGAUUGAUGACUUCCAAAAGCUCAUCUUCGCUACCAUCCAUCAAACACCUAACAAUUUGUGUAAGGUCAGUGCUUUGGUUCCUUUGAUAGCUGAAUCUUACGGAAUUUACAAAUUUUGUAUCUCAAUGUUAAGAGCGUUGUACCAGCAACUUGGCUCUGAUGAAGCAUUGGCGGGAUUGGUUGAGAGGUUUGAAUCUCAACACUUUAUGCUUAGAGACUUCUUCACUGAUUGUCAUGGAAUCAAGUUCUUGACCAGCUUGGUGACUAUUCCAAGAUUGGCUAACAACCCUCCAAAUGUGCAGGCAAGUGAUGGAGGUAGUGCCCCAAUUUCUAGACCAAGAUCUGUGAACACAAAUGAGGCAUUAUCUGCUCAACAAACUUCCAGCUUCGAACCACCCGCUAACCCACCACCAGCUGUUGAUCAAUUAUUCAAUGAUCAAUCCAAUCUUUUGCAGCAGCAGCAGCAAGAACAGGAAAGGAUUCAAAGAGAUCUAGAAUUGCAACAGCAACAACAAUUGCAAAAUCAACUCCAACAACAGCGUCUUUUCGAGGAUCAACAAAGACAACAAGAAAGAAGAUUUUUGGAAGAGCAAGAAGCCUUGAAAUUGCAGUCGCAUCAACAGCAGCAAUCAAGGGUUUCAGAGUUGGAGCAUGACUUAUUGAUGUUCAAGAAUCAAUAUGACAAUGACCAGCUGUUAUUGCAACAAUAUGACUCUCGUGUUAAAAGCUUAGAGACCGAAUUGAUGAGCUUCAAUGAUACUGCUACCCAGCAAAUCGCCUCCAAGGACGAACAAAUCAAAAACUUGGAAGACCAAAUCCAGAACUGGAUCAAAAAAUACGAGGCUUUAGCAAAGCUUUAUUCCCAAUUGCGUCAGGAACACUUGAACUUAUUGGCUAAGUUUAAGAAGAUUCAACAAAAGAUUAAUUCUGCACAGGAGUCGAUCCUCAAAAAGGAGAAGUUCGAAAAGGAUUUGAAAUCUAAGAACGUCGAAUUGGCUGAUUUAAUUCGUGAACGUGACAGAGCAAGAUUGGAUGUGGACAGAGUAAGAGCAUCCAAGGACCAAGAGAUCGAAAAACUACAAGCCGAAAUUAGGGAACUUAAUGCCCACGUCAAUGAAUCUGGAAAAUUGCAAAACUUGAACUUGUCCACCAUCAUUUCCAAGCAUGAAAAGGAUAUGGAGGAAUUGAGAAACCAAUUGAAGAGCAGGGAUGCCCAGUUGGGUGAAUUAGGAGGUGCUACUUUACAAGACAAACUCAAAGAAACUGAAAUUGAUUUGGAAAUUGCGCAAGAAUCUUUAGAUAGCGCUCUUAGAGAAUUGGCUAUUUCAAAGGAAGAUCAAGACGAUGUCAUAAAUGCUCAAAUUGAUCAUAUUCUUUUACAAAAUGUUGAGAAGAUGAGAAGAUUGAUCGAUAUCUUCUUGGAGAAUAAUAUAAAGAGAGUUCAAGAUUCAAAGCGUGACCUUGACUCUUCAAUCCAAGCAGGUAAUUUAAAUGCUACCCCAGAAUUUGUAUUAUCUAUUGUUGAACUCUGCUCAGAUACUGCAACUGAGUUCGCUACUACAUUUAACAGUUUCAUUGCUGAAGGUAGGAGAACCUAUGAUGAUGAAGAUACUACCUACUCAGACUUGAUCUUGUCAAGUUCUGAAUUGACUACUUCUAUCAAUGAACUCAUGCUCAACUCUAAGGGAUUAACUAGAGUGACUGCUAGGGAUGAAGAGGAAAAGAUAAUUAAUCUUGUUUCUGAAAUUUUACACAGUACUGAGCAAUACUUCUUCGAUUUGAAGUCCGAUAAAUUGAAUACCUUGGAGGAUGAUGACGAUAAGAUUGAUAGAGUUAUCGAUGGCAAUUUGCAGCUUCAAAACACUUUGCAAACAUUAGUCAAAUUUGUGGAUGGGUUGCGCUCUUCCAGUGGCAUUAACUUUAAACUGGGUAACUUAGAAGACCUCUUGAGAAAUGAAAUGGAGGAGGCAGCAAAGGCUGUCUCAUCUGCCUCGAGCUUUUUGUCCAACCUUUUAAGAGAUCCUAGCAUUCAUGGAGGUGAUGUUGUUGUUCAUGAAGCCUUAUUGGAAGCGGCCAAGGCAAUUACUGACGCCGUUGCGUUGCUCAUUACUGCUGCCACUGAAUCACAAAGAGAAAUUGUUAGCAAGGGAAGAGGAGACCAAAGUAGAACUGAGUUCUACAAGAAAAACAACAGGUGGACUGAGGGUUUGAUCAGUGCAUCGAAAGCAGUAGCAGGAGCAACCAAUGUAUUGAUCCAAACAGCUGAUGGCGUGCUUAAGAAAACCAAUUCUCAUGAACAAUUGAUUGUUGCAUCUAAUGAAGUUGCAGCUUCUACUGCUCAAUUGGUAGCUGCCUCUAGAGUUAAGGCCAACUUUGUUUCUAAAACUCAGGACAACCUUGAACAGGCCUCUACUAGGGUAUCCAGUGCAUGUAAGUUGUUGGUUACAAGAGUUCAAAAGUUGUUAGAGAAGGAGGACCAAACCAAUGACAUUGACCUUAGUAAGCUCACUCCUUACGAAGGUAAGACGGUUGAGAUGGAGCAGCAAGUCGAAAUUUUGAAACUUGAAAACAAAUUGAAUGCUGCCAGAAAGAGAUUGGGCGAAAUUAGAAAGCAUGGCUAUAGAGAUGACAACGGUGAUGAUGAGAGUUAAGUACUAGUUCUGAUUUCAUUUCUGGCUGAAUCUAGUUGACAUUGCCAUUACAUACAAAAGUAUAUUGCGUAGUUCUGUAUUGAAUUAUAUUUUAAAUUGAAAUUUGAAAACGAUGAACAU